AUGGCAAGCAAGAUUAAGACCAGCGUUCUCCUCGGAUACCCUGAUGGUCCUGCGUCCGCGGAGACCGGACUUGAUCAGUACUGUACUUUUAUCGGUGGCGAACCGCUAUGGCUCACUCCGAACACUCCAGUGGACGCUCGAUAUGCUCAAUGUGGUGUCUGCAAUUCCUAUAUGAACUUGCUCUUGCAAGCUUAUGCCCCUAUUGAGGGCUCCAAUGACGAGCGUGUUAUCUACGUAUGGGGAUGUGCUCAAAAGGCAUGUCAGAAGCGGCCGGGCUCUGUCAAAGCUGCCAGAGCAGUUUUAAGAGGUGAAAGACUACCAGAGAUUGAGAACCUGCAGAUUGAAGAGGAGGAGCCCGAGGUGCCUAUUUCGCCAGCGUCUGCACUGACUCCUGUGGCAAAUCCGUUCGCAAUGACGGCACCUGCUGCCAAUCCCUUUGCGGUAGCGAACCCUUUCUCAGCACCAUCUGCGUCGGCAAGUCCAUUUGGAGGCGCAAGCAAUCCGUUCGCAGCACCCGCUUCCGCCCCGAACCCCUUUGCUUCACCAGCAGGCGCGAACCCCUUCGCUGCCGCCCCAGCACCAAGCAAGCCGAAGAAGGCCCCUCAGCCAAAAGUCACCCCACCAACAACAACUUCAAAACCUGCAGUAUCCGCAUCAACCCGCUCCUUCGCCGCCAUCGCCAAACAAAACAUCCCACCACCACCGCCACCAAAACCCCGAGACCCUCCCCUCCCAUGGCCAGAAACGGUCCCAUCCUACCCCUGUCAAUACCUCUUCAUCACACCCGAAACCCUCAAAUCAGCCCCUCAAAAGGCAAAGGCACCUAAAGACCGGAUAGAAGAGUUGGCGAAAGAAGCUGUUGCGGACAUGAAGAACGGUGCAGAAGAAUGGGGUGGAGAGAAGUAUGAAAGUUCGGCUUUGGAUAAGGUAUUUAAGACAUUUACGGAGCGAGUGGCGGAGAACCCUGAGCAGUGUGUACGGUAUGAGAGGUCGGGUGCACCACUCUUCUUUUCGUCCAAAGAUGCGGUGGGGAAGCAGCUACUCACCGAAGACCGCGCAUACAACCCCUCCGCAAUCCCAGCAUGCCCGCACUGCCGGUCACCGAGAGUUUUCGAGUUGCAAGUUAUGCCGCACGCCGUUGCGAUCCUGGAAGAGGACGUUAUUCUUAACGCUGGAUUGGAGUGGUGCGUUAUCUUGGUGGCUACGUGUUUGGGAGAUUGCUCGCCAUCUGGAAUGGAGGACGGUGGUGUUGGGUAUACGGAGGAGUGGGUGGCAGUUCAAUGGGAGUAG